CAUAGUUAUUAGUCGAGGCACGAAACGAAACGGAAAUUCAUCGAAAUGCGGCUCAAAUUGCCAAACAUCAACUCAAACUAAGCGAGCAAGCAUUGGGUGUGGUAGAAUCCAAACAAAAGGAACAAGAGGCGCGCAUUAAUGAGCUUGAACGCGAGGUGGCGGCCUACGAAGCAAUGAAGGAACGCAGUCAAGCCGCUAUAGCGGGCCUGCAGCAAGUGGUGCGGGAUUCACAGGACCAGGUUGUCAGAUUGGAAACUCGUCUGAGACAACUAUCGGCUGUGAAUGAAGUGACAACAGAGAGCGAAAAUGAAACUGUGGGUUUUGUCAAACGACUUUAUCAAAGAAUGGGGCUAUCCGAUUUGACCACAAGCUAUGAUAGACUUUACAACAAGAUUUCCGAUCGCCUGGAUCAACUUGCUCUCUUGGAGUUGCAACAUGCACAAACCGAAGCAAAGCUCACCAAAGUUAUGCAUGAGUUGGAAAGCUUGCAAACAUCUGCAACCGAUCUGACCAAUCGAUAUGAACUAAUCCUGUUGGAGAAGAAGACGCUGACUGAGGAAGUGGCCAGUUUGAAGGCAAAAAACGCGGAUCUACUGUCCCAAGUAGGGUUACAUCAAACUUCGUUGGAAUCGAAAGAGAAACAAAUACAAGAGAUGCGUAAACAACUGGAAGAAUCAAAUUUGGUGCUUCAAAGAGGGAAACAGGAGUGGGAUUCGCUCAAGUUCACUUCAGAGAUGACGGCAAUUCAAAUGAAAUCGCUUCUGGAGUCGCUUGCCGCCAGCCUUUCAACUGUUGAGCAGCCGUGUACACCAACUGAGACGGGUGUCAAGGAGGCCGUGAGACAGCUACUAGAGCAGGUCAAACUGAUGCGGGAGAACGGUGCUGUAUUCCAUGGAAAAGUCACUGAUUUACAAAAGCAGUUCGAGGCUCAAUUCAAGGCAGGUCAAGUUGUCAAUGAGGAGCUCAAACUGGCCAGACAACACGUUCGUGAGGCCGAGUCUGACAAAUGUCAUCUGGAGACAGAAGUGCUCGGUCUCAAGCUGAUGAUGCGUAAUGCCGAAGAAGAAAGGAGUACGAAUAAUGAAUUGUGCAAACGGCUGGCUGAUAUUUUGAACAAGGGUGAAUUGGGGACGACAGCAGAGACUCUUAAGGCUACGAUCGGUACUCUGGAACAACUUGUUGCUCGAGGAUGCAUCAGUCAAUCUUGUUUGACACCCACUCAAAAGACAAGUGUUUGCGAACAUCGAAAAGACUAUAACGAAGGACAUUUUCAUCAUCCACCUAUUUGUCCUCCGGUACCUGAGAGCGUCGAUCGAACAAUGAUGCCAACUUGUGAUCAUCGCAGUUUGGACACACUUCUCGAAAAGCUUCGGGGAAGUAAGGGACAACUUACGGAAUUCGAACUCCAUCAAAUCCGUGAGCUCUGCACCAAGUGUCUUCAAAAUUUGGCCAUCUGUGCCUGGAAGUUGGUAAAAGAGAACCAACGCAAUUCUGCAUUUAGAAACAAUGAGAGUGGGGAAGCGCUGAUAAAGGGCCUUGAAUUACAGUUGGAGACAGAGCGAGAGCGGGUCAAGACACUUUCAGUUGCUCUUUCGGUUGCGGAAGAUAAAAUUGCAAAAGCCGAUGCACUGGACGAAGCUGUGGUUAAACUGGAAAAAUCCAGAAAAUUGCAAGCGAAACAGUUGGAAAAGUUUCACAGGCAGGUGGAACGUGGAAGUUUAGAUGCGAAACAUCAUGCGGAAGCACUGCAAGCGGCUAAGCGUUUGUUGGCGGAGACACAUGAUCGAAAAUUUAAACUCAGUCGGUUCUUUGAUCUCAUUGGUCGGAUGGUCAAUGUAGACACUCGUUUCGAACCCAACCCGGAAAUGCAGAUAAUUCAACGAAUUCAACAGUUGUUGGAAGUGAUGCGGCGGGCAGGAAUUCAUCAGCAGCCAAUGAUUAUACCACUCUCUACUAGCCCGUCUUUGUACACAACACCGGGAGUAGGUGGGUUUCCCUCAGGAGAAUACGGUAUGUGGAACCCGGCCUGUCCGUCCGCAGGCGACACAUCAAAUGCAACGGUGACAUGCCCCGACGGCAAAAAAGCUCUCUGUGGAACUUCAUUGCGUCGCCUAAAUGAUCGAUCGGUCUCCUUUGAGCAAGUUCAUUCUCGAGAACUAACUUCAGCCCCGGCACACAGACGAGCUGGUUCUCAAAUGACGAAAAAUUCAGCCCCUUCGAAGAUCACCGGUCAGGACCAGUCUUUGGUUCCUAAUAAAAGACCCCCAAAGAGAGAUGAAAAAAAGUACUAG